GUUCACGAUCUGUUCGUCCACCAUCGUCCACGACAUGUGGCAAACUCACUUCGCCUUCGGUUAAGGGACCAGUGAAAUCGAUCGUUAGUGCAUGGCGCCACGUGGACAGUCCCAGUUGAAAACGCUAGACGACGGAUCCAGCGAAGGCGGGGGCGGACAAAGCGGAAGGGGGCACGUCCCGAAGUUGAAAAGGCCGCACAGUGACGGAUCGGAGGGUGUGAUGGGGGGCCAGGGGGAAGAAGAUGUCUCAGUCGUGGAGAUCCCUUCAACAGGGACGCCGACGCUUGAAUUUGGGAGACACGACGUAAUCAGGGAACAUUUUCAAGCACUAGCCGCCCUUGGUGUGCCAGAAAUUGGUCAUGGUGGUGGAAGUGGAAGCGUGCGUUCUCAAGCGAUCGUCAUCAGCGAGUCGACACCACAAACGCUCGUGACUUCAAUGACAACGAUCGUGUCCGCUAUUGAACAUGCGGACAAAGGACCCGUUUAUGUGCCACAAGCACGCCACCUGGAGUUGUCGAACACGAAUACGAUCGGCGGGUUGUCAAGGGAAGUCGUCCCGUUUUCGCAUGUAGGAAGCGGUGCUAUAGAUGGGCUGAGCACGGAUGCGGGGGAAAGGCGAGAAAAACGGGGGCCCGAUGAGGCAUGGAGAAAAAACGAGAGCAGGGAUGGCACUCCGCGACCGGACGAUGAGGACGACGAGUCUCUUCGCAUGAGGAAGAAAAAAACAUGGCAGGAGGAGUUGGAGGCGAAGUCGAAGUUGUGGACAGACGGGAAGACAUUCUGGGGAAGUGGACGUGGUCGCCUGAUCGCAGACGUUGUGCACGAUUCCGCAGACUACUACUGUGCAAUCCUCAAUGGUAAUGAGGGCGCCACCGCACCUCAUGGCCUCAUCAUGCCACCCCCCGACGUCCCGCGUUUGCGAAUCCAAGAUCCUACGCAGCGGGACGCUGUCGGGACCGGUGGGUCCCGAAUAACGCCCCGGCACUUGAGAUCCUGUAUAUAGCCAAAUUGUGCACGACAGAGAAAUCCGGAGUAAGGAGACAAG